UCCUCUCUCGCACCACCAUGUUCAACUCAUUUUUCUCGACGACCGCCCCCGAUGCGCAGAACUUCCACCCAGUGACCGACCACAUCAAGGACGGGCAAAUCUACGGCGAGCUCACCUCCAAUGACCUCGAAUGGACAUGCGGCGGCUCGUUUGCGACGGAGACGCAAACGUGGUACACCUUUGGCAAUGACGGGACCUUCUUGAUGUGCCAGAUCAUACACUCUUCCGUCGGGCUCUGGUACCCGCAGAUCCAGUUCACGUGCAAAGUCUUCAACCCUGUACGCAACAUCAAGAUCUGGAAGUCCGUCAAUAUCAGCAACUUUGUCACCCCGCCGCCUGGGCAAGACAAGCGCUCCUCGCGAUCGGACCAGUUCUCCGUCACGCACAAGGCCGCCGAAGGCGAGUUCCCGGAGAAGUACAUCAUCAACGCGAACCUGGGCACCGACCUGCAGAUCGCCCUCGAGAUCCGCCGUCCUGCGACCGUGCCCGGCUUCAAGGUUGGCAACGGUCCCAAGGGUGGCUUCUCGUACUUUGGUGCGGAUGAGGCGAACCCGGAGGGGUACGUCGUGCAUCGCUUCUGGCCGCGCACCAGCGUCACCGGUCACCUCAUCAUGAACGGCGCGGCGGAGCCCAUGGAGGGCCCGGGCAUGUUCGUGCACGCGAUUCAGGGUAUGCGUCCGAAUCUCGUCGCCGCACGCUGGAACUUCGCGCACUUCCAGAGCGACGAGGCCGGCGGCGUCUCUGGCAUCCAGAUGGAGUUCACCACGACGGACGCGUACGGAAAGAAGGGCCCCGGCUCGGGCUUUGUCUCGGUCAACGUUGGCUCGCUCGUCGUUGGCAACAAGCUUGUGGCGGUCACCGCAGAGACGAAGUGGCCGGGCGAGGAAGUUCCGGCAGAGGCGCCGGUCAUCUCGCGCGCGACGCACACCAAGACGGAGCAGGACGAGGAUACGGGGUACAAGGGUCCGACGGAAAUCGCUUUCGAGUGGAAGGGCCCGUCCAUCGUCCCCGACGCGAAAGGCGACUACGCAGCCAAGGUUACGUGCGACCUGGGCCCUGUCGCUACGCCGCACGGCCUCGUGGACAAGGUGGAUGUCCUCGCCGAGAUCCCCUAUGCGGUGAAGAUGGUGGUGAACUAUGUCGCCGGCACGAAGCCGUAUAUCUACCAGUGGAUGAAUCCGGCGACCAUGACCCUUCACGAGCCUGGCAAGGAGGAGCCGACCGAGAUUAACGGUACCCUCUACAACGAAGCGACCUUCAUCUCAUAGUUCAUGACCGCGACGCUUUGUAUUCCUCCU